GUUUGCCCGACUGGGCCAAAUCGAUCCACCCGCGUCCGUUGUGCGAACUUUCCGGGCUCGAUAUGUUCGCGCAGGUCAUGGGCAUGAACAUCCGUCGACUUCGAGCUGGAGUUCUGGCGACAUAUUUGUCGAGUAACAUGAAGAACAAGGUCGGCCUCAGUGGCUCAAUUUCAGCGGACUGGACUUCGUGCCAAAAGAAACUGUACGCAUAUUCGACACAUGCGCGCGUCGUCGCGAAUUUGCUGGGCGCUUUUGGCUACAAACGAACUCACGUCCCUUCUUUUGGUUCAGCUGUGAUUGUCGAAUUGCGCCGCAUCGACACCGUCAUUCCACCAGACACUCCUUAUUUUGUCAAGAUAUUUUACAAAGAUGGUCCGAGAAUUGAGCCCAUUCAAAUCCCGGGCUGUGAUUGCCUCUGUCCUCUGUCGACAUUUGAC